CCAUUUGAUUGGUUUAGCGGCCGAAAUAAAUCUGUUACUCGGGAACAAGACCCAUUGAAAAUGUGACUUCUCAGUAAACACGGAUAUAGGGAUUGCGUGAGAACUUGUGCGCUCUCUCUUUUCGCUUCUCUGGGCCACAGCGAUACGAGGCAAAAUUAAUCUGUUAUGCUUUUUUUCGGCAGGCUAGGAAAGACUAACUGGACGCCACUUCUUCCGUUGAAUUAGGACCUUCAUAUUAUUUUAAUAUUUUAAAUAUUACAGGAGAAAGAAGUGCAACAUACAAAAAAAAUAUCAUGUUUAUACAAAUGAAUAGGAUUUGGAAAUACUGUAUUUGUUGCCCUGAGGACUGCUGUUGAGAGGAGCCAAUUCAGGUGCAUUCUCUGCUGGCCAAAAUAUGUUCUGUUUUACAAAAAGUCUCGAGACUCUUGACACAUUUUAAAACUGAGGUGUGUGUGAUAAUUUCCACUAGAACAUCUUCACCAACUGUUUACUCCGAGAAUAAAAGAAGCUGUAUUAUCCUCUAGGAAUUACAAAAUCCACAGCAGGAUGCCCCAGAAACACUAUUAGGAUCAAUCACAGUGCUUCAAAAUAGUGAAGAAGUCUUCAAAUUAUCUGAAACUUUUCACCAGGUUGGAUGUUAAGGGGAUGGAGGAGCCAGGAGAAAGUGGCUUGAUUUUAGAAACUAAAAGACUUCACUUUUUGGUCAUAGUUUUAAUGUAAACUGCAAGAAACAAUAGCUGUGGUUUUAUGCAGGUACCCACAGAGCUUAUUUGUAUACAUGAAGCUAAACUGAAGAAAACACCAUUAGGAGUACCCUUGAAACCUCUUCAGAAGGGUAUCCGUGUUAAUUUUAGUGCUUUGAGAAGAAGCUAUGGAAACUGCGUACCUCAAAAAAUGUUUAGGCACAUGCUUAUCAGAGGGUCUUGCUGAGGUGGCAGAACGUCGACCUGCAGAUCCAAUACAGUACUUGGCCUUCUGGAUUUACAAAUAUAAGAAAAAUAUGGUUGAAGAACUACAGAGGAAGCUGGAGAGGGAAGAAUUGGAGCGAAUGCGGGAAGAAGCCCAAAGAGAAAUGGAAAUGUUAGAAAGAAUGAAAGAAGAAGAACUUUUAAUUCAGCAGAAGCUUGAAGAAGAGAGGCAGGCGCAGAUGGAAAGAGAGCGGGAAGAACGGGAAAGGAUAGAAAGAGAGAGAGCGGAAGAGUUCCUGUUAGAACAGAAGCGACUAGCAGAGAUGGAGGCAAAGGCAGCGGCAGAACAAGAGGCAGCAUCAAAGACCCUAGCCCAGUUAACUGAUAAAUAUGGUGCUCCUAAUUUGAGUAGGGUGGAUGAGAUCGAUGAAAUGGAACAAUCUGAGUAUGCACUUACUACUAUAACUGAGUCUGAGGAUGAAGAGGAGGAGCUGACAUUCUGAUAAAGCAUUUUUCCCCAUUUGCUGGUCCCAAUUCUGAAGACUUCAAAGCUUACUCCAAACAUGAAUGAACCUUCAUCAAGAUGUUUGGGGCUAACAGAUAAAGUGAGUUAAUGCCCUUAAGAGGUAGAUUCUUUCCCACUUCUUUGAAAAUAAAAGCAGGUUGUA